GUGUACAUCCUAACUUAAGAGUGAAUAUAUCUAUAUACACACAGAAACAUCCGUAUAUGUAUGCAUACGUACACAUGUCUGUAUAUAUACGUUGGCUUCUGUUUCGGCUGCGCUCUUUCUCGUCCACCAAGAUAACUAUUUUUCCUCUCUUCCAUAACUAACCAGGAAUUCGCAGCCCCAAUAAGAAAACACACACGGACGAAGGAGAUCUUGCAGAAAAUUCAAGGAGAAAAAAAACCGAAUCAAACUUCAUCACUAUCUGAAUCUCUCUCGUCCCAGACGCUAAUACGAUUAACGGAUUGUGAAUAUAUAGAGAAGAUGAUGGAGAUGACUUAUUAUCAUCCUCACUUUGAUUCAGAGCUCCAAUCACUCAUCGACAGAAUUCAUCCUCCCAGGGUCUGUAUAGACAAUGACUCAGAUCCAAAAUGCACACUUGUUAAGGUGGACAGCGUGAACAAGUACGGGGUACUACUGGACAUGGUCCAAGUUCUAGCCGAUCUCGAUCUCGUUAUCUCUAAGUCAUACAUCUCCUCGGACGGUGGAUGGUUCAUGGACGUUUUCCACGUGACGGAUCAGCUCGGGAACAAGCUCACCGAUCGAAGCCUUAUUCUCUACAUUCAACAAGCGAUUUGCGCGAGUAGAACGGGAGGGAUAACGAAGGAGAUGCAGAGCAAUCUAAACCGGGAAGCGCAACAACGACACGUGUCCACGCAACACACGGCGUUCGAGAUAACCGGAACGGACCGGCCCGGUCUGCUCUCCGAAAUCUCUGCCGCGCUGUCCGAUUUGGGAUGCCACGUGACAGCAGCCAUGGCGUGGACACAUCACGACCGAGCCGCAAUGGUUAUCUACGUCGAAGAAGGGAUCGGCGGGGGGGGCAUCAACCAACUGGGCCUCGUCAAGGAACAGCUAGAGAACGUGGUCGAGGCCCAUCACGCGGAAGGCGAGACGAGGACGGUGAAGGUGGUGGCUCCGCCGGGAGCUCUGGCCGGUUGGACCCACACUGAGCGGCGGCUCCACCAGAUCAUGCACGGUGACCGUGACUACGAGAAGUGCCGUGGCUGCGACCGCCGUGGCUGCGGCUGCGGGAAGGUACACGUGGCGGGGGAGGCGUGCAAGGAGAAAGGGUACUCCAUGGUUAACGUCAGGUGUAGAGAUAGACCGAAACUGUUGUUCGACACUGUGUGCGCGUUCACGGAGUUGAACUACGUCGUUUUUCAUGCAGCGGUCGGAUCUAACGGCCCGAUGGCCGACCAGGAGUAUUUCAUAAGGCAGAAGAAUGGAAGUACGUUGGAUACAGAGAGCGAGAGACAACGGUUGAUGCAAUGUUUGAUCGCUGCGAUAGAGCGACGAACUUCACGAGGAGUGGAGCUGAAGGUCCGUACAAAGGACAGGAUGGGAGUUAUAUCGGACAUAACACGAGCCGUGAGAGAAAACGGUCUGUCCAUUACGAGAGCAGAGUUCAACACCGGGGGCGAGACCACGGUUGGAUCCAUCCAAGUCGUGGACAUGACGGGUCAGGAUGCUGACUCAAAGGCCGUGAAGUCUUUGAUACAGCAAUUGGGCGGAUCGGUCAUGCCGGCGGCGACAAAAUCGCUGGCGGGUUGGACGAUGAAGAUGGCUUCAUCUUCUGGUGUCGGAAACAGUGAAGUGAACCGACAAGAAAAGGCCAAGUUCUCGAUCGGGAGCUUGUUGUGGUCGCAGCUAGAGAGAUUGUCCGGCAACUUCACCUCCAUAAAAUCGUGAAAAAAAAAGUUAUGUCAUUUUGUUAGGGCUCUCUUGUACAUUAUUUCCACGUGGUAAAUAAUAAGCUUAUGGAGUUCCAUCCGAAAGAUAAAAUCCAUCUGGGAAGGAAAAGGUACGAUUUUUAUAAUUUGGGAAGCACACAAAGAUUCGUCGGACGGGAAUACAGAAAUGAAACGAGGCCAGCAUCAUCUUCAUCAUACGUCUACUUAUAUACAACCAUUCAA